UUUCACUCACUUUAGAGUUGGAACUUGUGAACGUACAAAACCGUGUAGUUAUAGUUAGCAGAGCUUUAGUUAAAAUGGGUUUUACAGAUACCAUCAUAAAGAACAAACUAAGCAUAUGUCUGGGAGUAGGAAUGGUUACAUUCAUGGUUGCUACCAUAGUGGUUGCAGUAGAGAAAAGUAGCGUUGAGGAUUCACUUGCCGAUUGUGAAGCUAAAUUAGCGACAACACUAACACCGCCAGUAACUACAACUCCGCAAACAGGCAGCACCACUACCGGCAGACCAGCUUCCACAACAACUGUAGUAACUACGUCAACGGCACCCAGUGCGUCAACAACGCCUAGCUCAACGACAACUAGUUCCAGUUCAGUUACACCGCCGUCAUCUUCAACGUCAACGACCGUUGCGUCGACGACCACAGUUGCAACAACUUCCACGACACCGGCGAUAACUUCAUCAUCUCCCGAUACGUCAACUGCAACCACAAGUUCGACAGAUACCACUACAACUACUGUGACAACGGCUACAGCACCUUUAACAAAUUCGGAACCAUCCACAUCCACUUCUGCGGAAACAACAACCUCCACGGUGACAGAAUCUACGACAGAUUCUACGACAGAAUCUACGACAGUCGCUCCUGCACUCCGAAAAUAACGCCGGAAUCCAGAAUUCAGACUGAAAGGCAUGAGAAACUACUGUAAAUAACUCAAAAUGAUAAACAUGCAUCAAGAAUAAAAAAAUAUCAUUUGUUACAACUACGCAAACUCCUGUUCAGCUGAAUGAUAGAACUGUUAGUUGAACGUUGCUUAAUUUAUUUUGUUUUGUAAGCUGGAGGUUGCACUUCGUCCUCCGUUUAAGCUCUAGUGUUUGAAAUAUAUUAAAAACUCACCAGUAUUUACCCUCUAUGAUUCUAUAUUACCGGUUAUUCUAACGAGAAUU